CCGAAGCCGAUCCCGCCUCGCCCAGCGGCUCCGACGUCUCGCACCAGCCCGCGCCCGCGCCCGCCGUGCCGCAGUUCCAGACCUUUGGCGAGGACCCCGUGGCCUUUGACGACCCCACCGUCUACCACAUCCGCCCCGUCACCCCGGGCAUGACCGACGACGACAAGCGCGAAAUCUUCGCCGUCGCCGUCUUCCCGCCCUCGGACCUGCAUGACAAGAUCGCCGGCCUGCCGCCCGACAAGGACUUCUCCAACGCGAAGCCCGCCACCCAGGUCAACGCCGGCGUCUUUGCCAACUACGUCGAGCCCUACAUCCGCCCGCUGACCGAGGAGGACGUGGCCUUUCUCAAGGAGCGCGGCGACCGCAUCGGGCCCUUUGUGCUGCCGCGCCGCGGCCAGCGCCACUACAAGCACGUCUGGGCCGAGGAGGACGGCGCCAUGCACCUCGACCCCGCCGUCGACCGCCCGCCGACCAACGUCCCGCGCGGCGCCGCCGAAGACGUCCAAGAGGAUGUCCUCGAGUCCGAGGUCGUGUCCGCCGGGCCGCUCGUCUCGCGCCUGCUGGCCACCCUCCGCCCCGAAGGCCGCGGCAGCCAGCACCCCGCCAGCGACACCAACGGCCUCAACGGCGAUGCCAUGGACAUUGACGACGGCCCCGCCGCCGCACCUGCAGACACCACCAGCGCCAGCGCCAUUCCCGCCGCCACCCAGCUGCCCGACUUCAUCGGCCGCGCGCCCCAGCCCAAUAGCGCUCGCGCCGACUACGCGUCGCUGGAAGACCGCAUGCUGAUGGAGCUGAAGCACUACGGCUUCCUCUCCGAAGCCGACACCGAGACCCAAUCCUACGACUCCCACUUCGACGACGAGGUCGCCCAGCGCCUGCGCUUCCUCCAGGAGGAGCUGCGCAAGCAAUCCAUCGUCAAUGGCGCCCGCAAACAGCGCCUCCUCGAGCUCACCAAUGAGCGCAUCGCCCAGCAGGAAUACAACACCAUCGCCGACGACCUCGACAACCAGCUCAACGCCGCCUACCUCAAGCGCAAUCGCAACAUUGGCAAGGGCAAGAAGCAAAAUAAGCGCCCCGGCGGCGCCGGCGGCGGCUCUCACGCUGUCGCCAACGCCGGCAUCACGCGUCCUGGCGUUGGCGAGCCCAUCAGGACCCUCAUGGAGCGCCGCACUCAGUGGAUCACCACCAUAGGGCCCGUGGUGAACUACGGCAAGACGGGGCUGCCGACCGAGACCAUCUUUCCCCCCGACAAGAUGGACGAGCUGGAGAGUCGCGAGGUCGAGAUCUGGAACACCGAGGCCGAGGAGUGACCGUCUUCGAUUUGGACUCGCGUGGGCGUUGACGGGCAUAUGGACGGCGUUUGGCAUGGGACUGGAUGUGUUGCCUUGAUGUAUUGUUGGCCCCCUCGUGAUCUGGCGUUAUUCAUAGCUGCCCGAGAUGUGUACGCUACAUCUACCUUGCAUUCGCAAGCACUGUUUUGCCAUGUAUUUUACAGCAAUAUCCCAAACACCUCGAUGAGAUUAGUGCUGCAUUUUGCCAAGUACUGUUUGGACCUGCCUGGGUGCAAUACAUCACACAGUCAAGUGCAGAAGCCUACAAAUUGCAUCAGGU